GUUCACCGGCCAGUGUUUCUGUAAGUUUUACUAGAAUUUAUGUUCAAAUUUACUUAAAACUUGUAAUUUUUUUACUUCAAAUACAACAACAAAGGUGGCUUGUUAAUAGUUUUCAACAGUUUACUAGUGUUUAAAAAUAUCUGUGUUAAUGAACUUGUUCACUAAACUUUCAACCAAGGUCAAAUGCGUUAGAAACUUUUAAAAACUGUCAAAAACUUCCAAAUGUUCUCUAAUUCUUUAUAACUUAAAUUGUACACAUGCCUUUGAAGAUUAAUUGUAAUAUUUUAUUAGUUUGAAUGACAAUUUAUUCUUGUCAAAACAGUCUACAAUCUCCUAAGUAACUUUGAAGAAAGCCGGUUUUCUUAUUGGUUUGGUUUUACUUAAGGUUUUGUUUUCAUACUUUUUGAUUUGGAAGUGAAUUUGCCAUACAUUUUCAUAUUUUUAAUCAACAAUUCAAUAAACUAUUUUAUAACUAAACUUGUAAUCUUUGAAUAACAUCUGUGCAUGAAAAAGUUUUAGAGAAUGAGGUUAAUCUUCAAGCACUACACCCAUUUCGUCAGGAAUUUUAGUUGUCAAACGAACAACAUGUCUAUCAAAUCGAUCAAGGCCCGUCAAAUCUUCGACUCCAGAGGAAACCCAACUGUUGAAGUUGACCUUGUGACCGAUUUCGGAGGCCUAUUCCGUGCCGCUGUCCCGUCCGGAGCUUCGACCGGUAUCUAUGAGGCUUUGGAGCUGAGGGACGGAGAGAAGAACAACUACCAUGGCAAGGGGGUGUUGAAGGCUGUCGGACACAUUAACAACUCCAUUGCUCCGGAACUUAUCAAGCAGAAAUUCGACGUGACCCAGCAGAAGGAAAUCGACCAGUUUAUGCUGAAGCUGGACGGAACUGAGAAUAAGUCAAAGUUUGGAGCCAACGCCAUUUUGGGAGUAUCCCUGGCUGUAUGCAAGGCGGGAGCUGCCAAGAAGGGGGUUCCUCUCUACAAGCACAUUGCUGAUUUGGCAUGCAACAAGGAGAUUAUCCUCCCAGUGCCAGCUUUCAACGUAAUCAAUGGAGGUUCCCACGCCGGUAACAAGCUGGCUAUGCAAGAGUUCAUGAUUCUGCCUACUGGCGCCUCCUCGUUCACAGAAGCUAUGAAGAUUGGUAGCGAGGUGUAUCAUCACCUGAAGAAGGUGAUUCUGAAGAAGUUCGGUCUGGAUGCGACGGCAGUGGGUGACGAGGGUGGAUUCGCCCCCAACAUCCUCGACAACAAGGAGGGUCUGGUGCUGAUUCAGGAGGCCAUUGCAAAUGCCGGCUACAAGGGCAAAGUCGAUAUCGGCAUGGAUGUCGCUGCUUCCGAGUUCUACAAGGACAACAAGUACGACCUUGACUUCAAGAACGAGGCAUCCGACAAGAGCCAAUGGAUCAGUGGCGAUCAGCUGACUGAACUGUACCAGGGCUUCAUCAAGGAGUUCCCCAUUGUCUCCAUUGAGGACCCCUUCGACCAGGACCACUGGGAGGCAUGGUCCAAGAUCACCGCUGCCACUAACAUUCAGAUUGUUGGAGACGAUCUGACAGUGACCAACCCGAAGCGCAUCCAAACAGCUGUUGAGAAGAAGGCUUGCAACUGUCUGCUGCUGAAGGUGAACCAGAUUGGGUCGGUGACUGAGAGCAUUGAGGCGCAUCUGUUGGCCAAGAAGAACGGCUGGGGCACCAUGGUCAGCCAUCGCAGUGGAGAGACUGAGGACACCUUCAUCGCCGACUUGGUCGUUGGACUUAGCACAGGUCAGAUCAAAACUGGAGCACCUUGCCGUUCUGAGAGACUGGCCAAGUACAACCAGAUCCUGAGAAUCGAGGAAGAGCUGGGUUCGGCCGCUAAGUACGCCGGAAAAUCGUUCAGAUGCCCCGUCUAGGAGCGCCAUCUAGGGUGGUUAGCACUGCUCCGGUUACGAGUUGGUCGAACAGUCAGUUGAACGAAAAGUGACCGGUGUGCAGGUCCAACAA